AUGGAACUUGACUUAAUCAAAUACCCAUCUCCUAAAAGACAAAAACUAUCACCACCUCCAAUGCAGCCAUUAUUCCCAGAAUCAUCUGCUACUCCAAUGGAGUCUACUGCUUCUUUAACAGUACAAGGCAAGGUUGCCCAAGUCUUCGAAGGUGACGAAAGAUUUCUUAAUAACUCCAAGGUUAAUUCCAAUGGUACUUUCACUCCCAUUAGUUCGUACGAAGGUUCUAAUGAUGUUACAAUGAGCGAUGCUACUGAGUGUCCUUGUGGAUAUUUGCAUGGCCCUGGUCAAGGUGAUCACCAAGACCUUCAAGCUGUUGGUUUUGCUAACAUUCCUUUGAUGCGUGGUCCUGAAUAA